CCGCACGGUAGUGUUGAGCUGAGAUCAGACUCCCGUGGAUCGGAGCAGAGAUCCGCAGCUGACCCUCAUCACACAGACACACUGUUCGGAUAACACAUCACGUGCAGCAAAACACCGUUUAUGGUUUUAACUGAAGAUUUCACCAUGUCUCGCACCGACGAGGUUCACCGCAUUACGGAAAAUGUCUAUAAGGGCAUCAUGGAACAGUACAAUCCCUGUUUGCGGAAUUUCAUCGCCAUGGGGAAGAACUACGAGAAGGCUCUCUCCAGUGUGACAUUUGCAGCGAAGGGCUAUUUUGAUGCUCUGGUGAGAAUGGGAGAGCUGGCCAGUGAAAGUCAAGGAUCUAAAGACCUGGGGGACGUGCUUUUCCAGAUGGCAGAGGUCCACCGGCAGAUUCAAGUGCAAUUAGAGGAAAUGUUGAAAUGCUUCCACAACGAGCUGCUGUCAGAGCUGGAGAAGAAGGUGGAGUUGGACGCGAGAUACCUGACUGCGGCUCUUAAGAAGUACCAGAUGGAGCACAAAAGCAAAGGAGAGAGUCUGGAGAAAUGCCAGGGUGAGCUGAAGAAACUGCGGAGGAAGAGCCAGGGCAGCAAAAACCCCUCCAAGUACGGCGAGAAGGAGUUGCAGUUUGUUGAGACCAUCAGCAGUAAACAGAGUGAGCUGGAAUCCUUCAUCGCAGAGGGCUACAAAACAGCACUUUCAGAGGAACGUAGGAGAUACUGUUUCCUGGUGGACCGUCAGUGCGCCGUGGCCAAGAACAGCAGUGCCUACCACGGCAAGGGUAAGGACUUGUUAACCCAGAAGAUCCCGGUGUGGCAACAGGCCUGUGCAGACCCCAACAAGCUGCCUGACAGGGCCAUGUUGCUCGCCCAGCAGAUGAGCUCUGGAUCAAGCACCCUCAUCUCCAGCCCUCUGCACUCCUCCAAGGGCAACCUUCUCAUCUCAGAUCCCAUUCCUGGAGCACAACCGCUGCCCGUGCCCCCCGAACUAGCUGCCUUCAUGGGUCAUCAGGGGCGGCUAAUGGGUCCUGAUGGCAUGUCUCUGGUGAACGGGACAACAGGGGUCCAUGGAGAUGACUACUGGAACGAGGGAGGGGUCUCUCAGGGAAGACCGCCCUCCCCACCGAAUCAGUCUCAACCACAGAGCCACCCCCAGAGACAGGUCAGCGACGUCUAUUCCAACACUCUGCCCGUCCGCAGGCCUCAGCCCGCUAAAAACAAGACCACUGUGGGAGAGACACGCACUCUGCCUAGGUCAAGUUCUAUGGCGGCUGGACUGGAGAAGAACGGACGCGCUCGCGUACAGGCCAUUUUCUCCCACGCCGCUGGUGACAACACCACCCUGCUCAGCUUCACUGAAGGCGACAUCAUCACCCUGCUGGUGCCAGAGGCUCGGGACGGCUGGCACUACGGGGAGAAUGAGAAAAACAAGAUGCGUGGCUGGUUUCCGUUUUCCUACACUCGAGUGCUGCCUGAGAGUGACGGCGAGAAGUUAAAAGUCAAUCUUCACCAUGGGAAGAGCAGCAGCACAGGAAACCUGCUGGAGCGAGAGGACAUGUCUUUGCCCAUGCCUGACUAUGGUCUGACUGCCCGACUGUUGGCACAGAGCCUAACACAGACUCGACCACGUCCCUACAGCAUGGCAGGCUUCGCACAGCCAGCGCUAGAGGAUUAUGACAGUCAGUUUGCCCCAAGUUCCGAUGGCAAAUUGAUUUCGACAGUGUGAACACAGACAGACUAUCAGACACAGAUCCGGAUAGCACAGGGGCCACGCCCCUACUUCCCUUAGCCCCUCCCCCUCUUAAGCUCUGCCUCCACACACUCCUCCUCCAAUGGAAGGGGCCAGUCUCAUCCCUCCUUUCUGUCCUCUCUUCCUCCCUGCGUCUUGCCGGGGCGAUAGUGGUGGUCGCGUGUGGUGGGUCGGGGGGGAACUCUGAGAAGAACGACCGGAACGCAGUCCAACUGCUCGUCUCGCUGCUUUACGGACUCUGAUUCGCCUGUAGUGACGCCGCUAUGACAUCGCUGUGGACUCCAAAGAGACUGCUUACCACUUCCCGUCUUUCAUGCAUGUGCACAAGUUUUGCUAUGUGGUUGUUUUCUAAAAUGACAUCCUCAUGUAAAAAGUGCCAAAAGCCAAUUGAGUCUUUUGGAGCAGCUCUCCUCAUUGCGAAGCUCUUGCUGAGUGUUUUUUUCUAAGCAGAUGUGAUGGGAGCCUCAUGCAUAAUGAGGAAUGUUUCUUUUUUUUUUUUUCUUCUUCUUCUUUGUGGUUUAGUUGUGCAGAGUGUACUCUCUCUGUGUGUGUUUUUGAAGAGCAUUUGCGUUUUGUGAAUCCCUCAUGUAUUACCUGGUGCUCCUCUGGUCCAGAGGCUGUGUCGCUUUGUGCCGCAACAAACAGCAGCUUAGAUUUUCCUCUGAUUCACUGACGAAAUUGGAAUGAUUCGAAUGAAAAUCGAAAUUUUCCCUCAUUAAACAAGUGCCAAAUGAGAGUGGACCUACGAAACUAGAGUGAAGGUCGCAUGAGCUUCAAAAUACUCGGGUGGGACUGUGCCGAUCGCCCGGACCGGCACCCAUCCGCUCACCCUACAUGCAUGAAAGAAAAGUGCUCUGAGCAGAAACCUUUACCCCCCAAAAAAUACCCCAUUAUCCUGCCUCAGACACCUUAAAGUAUGGGAUCAGAAUGGUAUUAUAAUGAAUACUUCCGCCAAUCAAAUGAGAGUUCAGUACAUUGGACAAUGCUGAUGCAUCCUUUGUGAACUUUUAUUUUAUGAAUAUCAAUUGGGUUACACAUUUAUGUAUCAUAUUUUUGUUGAAUAUAUUCAUUUGAGCCUAUUCUGAGCCCAUAUUGAAGUGCCAACAGCCCAUGUCUUUAAAACAUUCCCAUUGUAGUAUGUUUCCGUGCAGUUUUAGGAUGCUGACUGACAGAUCCUCUGGAGCUGUGGUGUAGUCCUCGCUGUGUUGAUGUUCUUUUGUUUCUUUUCUUUCUUUCUUUUUUUCUUGGAAAAUAUACAAACUAGGUAAAAUGCACAAGAAAUCAGUGUAACAAUCACAAUAUGCAUGCUGAGGAGGAAAAUAGUGAACAAUUGACCUUGAAUGUAUGGUGACUUUUUACGAAAAGAAGAAAUAAAUAUAUAUAUAUAUUAAUAAA